UGUUCGUUCAUGUUCGGCAAUAUUCGGUAUCACUUGUACUACCGGAUAAAAUUUGGUCUUAAUGAUAUGAAUGAAAAGCCGGUAUACAGUAUACUCGUGCGAUUGCUUAACAAUUACGCGCGUUUUUCAAAAACACUCUUGCAGCUUUUUUUAGAUUCGAGGUACCUAACCGAAGAAUAAGAAGAAAAGUUGCAAGAAAAUCGCAGCAUCGUCAACGUCAUCGCGAUUAGAGCAUUUUUAUCAAGCAUGGAGUUCCCUCGCACGAAUAUUCUUCGUUUUGGAUGAAUUCUAGUCGAUGUUUGAUGCAUCACACUCAGCGUAUCAUCGCAAGUCCGAAAAUGCACCAUUAACGCAUCAAAUGGCCGCCAUGAACGAGAGCCACACCGAUAAAUACCACAUAAACGCCAAAAGCUGGGAACCACUGGACUACGCUACUAGAAACCAAUCGGACUCGUUCAAUUUUAGUUUCAUCGCAUUUAAUGGAAGUGCGCCGGAAAACAGUAUCAACUCGUUUUAUUUUUACGAGACGAUUCAAUUCACGGUUUUAUGGAUCAUGUUCUUCAGUAUUGUGCUGGGGAAUAGCGCGGUAUUAGCGGCGUUAUUUCUGAAUAAUUCCAGGAAAUCGAGGAUGAAUUAUUUCAUAAUGCAAUUGGCAUUUGCAGAUCUUCUAGUCGGAUUAAUAAGUGUUCUAACCGAUAUCGUAUGGAGGAUAUCAAUCUCAUGGAAGGCUGGUUUAAUAGCUUGUAAGAUUAUACGAUUUUUACAGGCCGUGGUAACGUACUCUUCGACUUAUGUAUUGGUGGCAUUGAGUAUAGACAGAUUCGACGCAAUCACCAGACCAAUGAAUUUCUCGGGCAGUUGGAGAAGAGCUCGAAUACUAAUUGGUUCAGCUUGGAUGAUAAGCGUUUUAUUUUCCUCUCCAAUCAUCGUACUCUAUGAAGAAAAAGUUAUACAAGGAAAAACACAGUGUUGGAUCGAACUGGAACCAUGGCAAUGGAAAGUGUACAUGACACUUGUUGCUAUAACAGUAUUUUUAAUACCAGCCAUCAUCAUAACCGCCUGCUACACUAUAAUCGUGUAUACAAUAUGGACCAAAAGCAAAACCCUUUCGCCCGUCAAACGUUUGGACAAUAAUAAACCUCACGAAGACCAUGACAUUCGAAGGUCAAGUUCACGAGGUAUAAUCCCGAGAGCGAAAAUCAAAACUGUAAAAAUGACUUUCGUAAUAGUUUUCGUAUUCAUUUUAUGUUGGAGUCCUUACAUUGUAUUCGACCUAUUACAAGUAUACGGUUACAUUCCAACCACCCAAACGAACAUAGCUAUAGCAACUUUCAUCCAAAGUUUGGCUCCGCUGAAUUCCGCCGCCAAUCCGGUCAUUUACUGUUUGUUUUCAACGCAUAUAUGUAACUCCUUAAGAUUUUAUGUAUUUUUCAGUAAAGUACCACCCUUUUCUUGGGUCACCUGUUGCAAUCAACAGAGCCAAGAACCUUCCAGUUGUACAGAAACUUUAACCUCGUCCAGUAAUCGACAAAGGAGCAUGUCGACUUUAAGAACCAAUAAUAAUGUACGAAGUCGACCUCAUAAUUUCGAAUUUAACCAUCACGACGCGCUUUUGUAAUUUUUUUUCUUUCGUUUUUUUCCUUCCCUUUUUUUUCUCAUUUUUUCCCCUUUUUUCUUUGAAUUAUAAAUGUUUUAAUAUAGUUCCUGUGUUGUUUAUGUGUGUUUAAAAUUAAUAAAUUAUUUUUCAUUUCGAA